UCCACGUCUAAGCACGCGCCUUUAUAAACUUAUAAAUAAAAACACUUUUGCGUUGAGGUUUCCUGCAUUUCUGGGUCACCAAUACGUUUCACACUGACUAACACAAAUUUUCAAACAAAAUUACCGACUUUGCAUAGAUUUUGCAAUUCCCUGUUCGGAGUUUUGAAUGAUGCGGCAUUUUCCGGCGUACGUCUUAGACGUAAUAUUUGUGCUACCUCUGAUAUUUGGGGCAGCUUCAGCAAUCGAGAAACGCAUAUGCUAUCAGUGUGAAGUGGAAGACUUGGCUCUGUGUACAGAUGAAUAUUUACAGCCAUGCCCAGAUAAUCAGGCCUAUGACAGCUGUGAAACAAGAAUUUCCAAAUCAAAAUCUAAAGGAUUUUGGAUUCGUAAAAGUUGUGCAUUAGGACCCUGUGCUCUCAGAGAUGCUUCGCAAAGCAUAGGAUUGGGACUUGAUCACUGCGAUCGUAGCAAGGAGGAAUUCGACUGUUUCACCUGCUGUAAAGAAGACGGCUGCAAUACUGGUGAUGGCGCCCUCUAUCGGCCAAUGACGACACUAAUUGUUGUUUUAAUUUUCAUUGCGUUUACGAAAAAGUAUUAUGUUUAAUGUUUAAAUAGGGAGGCAAAUCUUCCAUAAUAAACCAAAUAUUUCUUUAUUAAUAUUCCUAUAUCAGAUCUAGUUGCACCAAUCAUAAAUAACUGCUAAAUGCCAGAGGUAAAGUUGAAUUCCUUUUACCCAGUAUGGAAAUCUUAUGCAGUACGUAAAUAAUUUUUCUUCCUUUUAGAGAAAAUUUUUUAAAUUAUGUUACAUUUUUAAAAACAUCCAAACGAGCGCGAACCAAAAAAUAGUAAAUAACUUUUACUUUUGAUAUAUGUCUGUAGUGCUGUCACCUCUUUCAUCGUGAGAACUAUUUAUUUUUAAAUGAAAAGUACAUUUAAAAAUGCUUUCAUUUCAUUUUUUAAUCUUAUUAUUGAAACAGCAGCAAUUAUUGAUGCCAGAUUUUCUUAAAGUUUUUUAUAGUGUUGUCAGUUAAAAAAUUCAAGUUGCCAUUUGCUUCAUUUAUUUGCGUUACUCUUAAAAAGGACAGCGUAUAUUGAAAUCAAACUUACUUAAUGCUUUAUCGUUAUAAAUUAAAAUUUAAUUUAAAAAUUAAAAUUUAAAAAUUACUUUGAUAUUUAUACAUAAAAUAAUAGAGCCCUCUAGUAACUAAUAUAAGCCAACUAAUUUGAAUUUUCACUGACUUGAUCAAUACAUUAAACUCAUGACAAACGCACAGAUAAUUAUUACAAAAACAAUUGCAAAUAUUUUGGAACUCUCAGAGUGUCCAAACUAGACAGAUUAGAGAUGGAUUUUUGCUAUUUCGUAAUUCUCCUUCUUGCAUGUUCUAACUUUCAUCUGAACGUUAAAUAUUUGCCCUCUUAAGAUUCUUUGAAGGAUUAUGAAAGAAGGAUUAACUUUCCUUUAAACCAAAUAAUUUGCUGAAAGAUUUUAGUCAUUUUGUGCUGGAAUAACUUAGGAAUUGUUUGUUUUUAGUAAAUACUUGUUAUUAUUCAACUGAUUCCAAGUCACCGUCUCACAUGAGCAGUAAAGAAAUUGAAUAAAUGUGUGUGGUGAACAAUUGUUAGAAUAUUUUAAUUUAUUUCCCCCCAUAAAAUAGUCGGUACUUUUCCGUUUUGCCGGCGCAAGCGAUAA